AUGCCCGAAACAGACACAUGGUUGGGCAUUUAUAAUGAAGAAGAUGGUCAUUAUAAGGCCGACAGGGGAAAGCCGGCGGGGAUGGAAACCAGUACAGUAUGCUAUAUUACAAGAUGUAUAAAGAUGAUGCAACGAGACUUAUUAUCCCUUAUCGCAACCCGGCGGAGUGGGGCCAGCAAAGCUGCAGGGAUCGCAUCACAUGACAGCGUCGGGCUUGGUAAAAGCGGCAAGACACUAGCCUAUACCAGGAAGGGGAUGAUGUACUCAGCUGUUCGUGCUUAG